UGCUGCAUGUUCUAACUCUAGGUCAACGAACAACCUUCUUUUUUCUUUUUUCUUUUUUUUUAAUAUAAGGUGAGAAUAGAUCGGUCAUCUUCUACCCACCAAAACCAAAAUCCUGUACUUUCUUCCUUUCAUCCCAUUUGUCAAAGUGAAAGUGAAUCAAACCUUGUGUGCUUUCCAUGGAUUCCUCGAAUUCAUCCUCUUUUUUAUGGUUGAAUCGUUGGUUGAUCAUAUUUUCAGUGGCAAUAAUAGCCUUGAGUCCACCAAAUAUUUUGGCUAAUUGCUUCACCUCCAUCUUCAACUUCGGGGAUUCCCUUUCCGAUACCGGAAACGUCUUCUAUAAAUGUCAGUCUAAUAAACCUCCACGUUCUUGCUUUCUUCCAUAUGGAGACACCUUCUUCCGUCGUCCCACCGGCCGAUAUUCCGACGGCCGUCUAAUUAUAGACUUCAUUGCUCAAUCACUGGGACUUCCACUGCUGCAGCCGUAUCUAGAUGUGGGUGUAGAAAGACAGAGGAUGAGCGUUGAGGAAUUCGAGAAGGGGUUGAAUUUUGCAGUUGUAGGAGCAACGACACUCGAUGCAUCGUAUCUCCGAGAAAAGUUGAUGGUUGAAGUACCCACAAAUUACUCUCUGUCGGUUCAAUUGGAAUGGUUCAGGAACGCUUAUUCUUCGGUUUGUGCAUCCACUUCAACUACCAGAUGUAGAAAAAUCCUAAAAAGUUCACUAUUUCUAGUGGGAGAAAUAGGAGGCAAUGAUUACAAUUAUCCAUUUUUUGACCGACAUAACUUUGAAGAAAUUAAAUCACUCGUACCAUUGGUGGUUAAAGCAAUUGGUUCAACCAUUACAGAGUUGAUUCAAUUGGGUGCACAAAUUUUAAUGGUUCCUGGAAAUCUUCCAAUUGGGUGUAAUCCAACCUAUCUCAAAACUUAUUCAACUUCACUCCAAGACUCUAAAAAUGGUUGUUUGGAUUGGUUGAAUCAAUUUUCUGAGUACCACAAUGAACAACUUCAAGAAGAAUUGAACCGAAUUUGAGCUUGCUAUCCUGACGUCCAAAUCAUAUAUGCAGAUUACUACAAUUCUGCCAUGCGUUUCUUUAAUCAACCAGAAAAAUUUGGAUUGACAAAUACCUUGCAGCCUUGUUUGGUGGAUACACAUGAAACAAAAACAAAAACAGUGUGUGAUGAUCCUUCCAAAUAUGUUAGUUGGGAUGGCAUCCACUUAACAGAAGCAGCAUAUAGUAUAAUUGCCAAUGCUUUAUUACAAGGCCCAUAUACUUAUCCUCAAUUCACUACCUCAUGCAUUUCACACAAUCUCACAAUGAAUUUACUUCAAUUGCAAUAAACUUUUCUUUUUUUUUUCUUUUUUUCUUUUUGGUCCUUCUCGUUUGCUUGUAAUUCUGAGGCCUCUUAGGUCAUAUUAUUGUAACAUUAGUUUGGUUAAGUAACGCCUCAACCUUGUUAGAUUAAGGCAUACACCUUUGAUUAAGAGGUUACAUUUGAGGCUCGGUCCCAAUCUUGUAUAUGUUUUGUACUGAAUAAAA